AUGGCAGCAGAAAGGGAAGCCUUGAUGGAGAUGGCAUAUCCAGAAGUGCAAGUCUUCUGCCAGAAGCAUGGCUUGAUGUUUGAGGUAAUUGAUUUAAGAUGGGGCACCUCUGAUCACAUGGGCACUGGCCAUACACCUUCUCAACCCUUCUUGGAAGAAAUCAAACGCUGCCAGACACUUUCAGUGGGUUCCAGUUUCAUUGCACUGCUUGGAAACGAUUAUGGCCGCUGCCCCACUCCUCUGACCAUUGGGGAACUGGAAUUUGAGGUCCUUAGAACGCAACUUCUGGAAGAGCCCAAGACCUUGCAGCUUCUGGCCCAAUGGUACCUGAAGGAUGAGAAUGCCAUCCCUCCUGUGUAUGUUCUGCAGCAAUCAUCUCAGGCAAACCCAGAUGGCCUGGAGGAAAACUUGCUCUUGGUCCUCCGUAAGGCAGCCUGCCAAGCAGAAAAGCGUGGGCUCAUCAGCAAGGAGCAAUUGCAGAAUUACCACAAAUCAGAGAUACAUCAGGAAAUUGAGGCUGGCCUCUUCAGAUCAGGUGAAUGUGAUGGCCAAGGUACCACUGUAUUCUUCACAGAAGUGGACAUGCCCACAUCAGAUAGAGUGGACUCACUGUUGGGCGCAGAUGAAGUUGGUGGUAAGCUGCACCCUGAAGAACCACAACAGUUAGCAGAUCUGAAGGCAAACAUUGUAAGCAAGUAUCAUGAGCUGAUCAAAGUUCACAGGGUUCCACAUAAGGUGGAACCCAGCACUGUCCGGCAGAAGCCCCGGCCCAAGUAUUUGAAGGAUCUCUGUGACCAGUUUAUUGCUGCCACCAACCAUCAUGUGCUCAGGAGCCUGAGAUUCCAAGAAAGCAAUCUUGGGAAGCCACCUGAGCUGAUUCAAGAGCUCACUCAUCACAUGGUCCUUGGUCAAGAACACAGCCAGGCUUUCUGCUGGCAUCAGGACCUGCUGGAUCACAUUUGUCAGCAUAUUAAACAGAACCACCAUCAAACCCACUCCCCACUUGUCAUCUGUGGGCCAUCAGGAUGUGGCAAAACAGCCCUGUUGUGCCAUCUGAGUGAGGCCAUUCGAGCCACCCUGGGUCAGGAAACAGUGGUGAUACUUCGUUUGCUGGGAAUCUCACAGGCCAGUUCUACAUUAAAUAGCCUUCUCCACAGCCUCUGCCUACAAGUUUGCUUAGCCAUGGGCUUCCCUUAUACCAAGGCAGUUGGCAAUCCAGUUCUGCUCUUCCACAGUCUGCUCUACUUAGCUUCUUGCCAGGGCACACGGCCACUUGUCCUGCUCCUUGAUUCUGUGGAGCAGGUACGCAUACCUAGAAAUGCUCACAGAGCUUUCUGGUUGCCAAAAAUCUGUCCUCCAAAGAUGCACCUGAUUCUUACUGUGCUGCAGAAGGAAAGUGAAGUUCUGCAGAAGAUCGUGGUGGCUCCAGAGGAUUGUCUUGAGAUGGAGCCUCUUUCUCAAGAACAAGUGGGGGUGAUUCUCUCCAAGACUUUGUUAUCCACAGGGCGUACGCUAAAGCCCACCCAGCAGGAGCUGUUCCUGCAAAGCUUUGCAAAAGGUGGGCAUGCUCUGCCACUUGCCCUGGCCAUCAGACAGGCGCAGCAUUGGACUUCAUACAUUCUACUUGCAGCACCAGCAAUUUUGUCUACAGCCUUGGAGUCUGCGCAUUGCUUGUGCGAUCACCUAGAGGUGGUGCAUGGAUCUGUCUUAGUAGCACAUGUACUUGGCUAUCUUACCUGUGCCCGAUACGGGCUCUCAGAAGCAGAGCAAAAAGAUAUUUUGUCCCUUGAUAAUGAGGUUCUCACUGAGAUUUAUUGGCUCCAUCCUCCUCCAAGCAAAGUGGUCCUCCGCUUUCCACCCCUGCGAUGGGCUCAGUUAUACCAGGACUUGGCCCAGUGGCUGGAGGAGCGGUGGGCAGAUGGCUUUGUGCUGAUGGCUUUUGCUCACAGGGAGUUGGCUGCGGCUGUGGAACAGCGCUACUUGUCCUUGCCAGAGGAAAGGAUCAAGCAUCACCUGCUCCUGGCAGAUUUCUUCAGGGGGACGUGGAGCUGGGGCAUGAAGAAACCCAUCCAGCUGCCAUCCUCCAACAAGCCUGUGAGCUUUGAUAGGAAGGUGACUCCUCAGCCUCUUUGGUUCUCCAGCACACUUGCAAACCAGAGGAAGUUGAGCGAACUGCCCUUCCAUUUACUGCAGGCAGGUCUGUUUGAGGAGCUGCAGAGAGAUGUUUUGGGGAACAUGAACUGGAUCAUCUGCAGAGCUACUUCCACUGGCAUAGAGAGCUUGAUUGCUGACUUUGCCAUGUGCCUUGCCCAUAUCAACUGUCCAGAGCUGCGUCUCCUGCAAGAGACUCUCCUGCUCCUGCAGCCUAUUGUGGAUAGCACACAGAUCCAUGGAGAAGCAAGCAUGAUCUACAUGGAGAUGUUGGCACGGCUGUUUUUCCUCAGGCCAUCCUACCCAGAGAUCAUUGGGAACGUGUGCAAGCAGUGUGAGAGCUGGUUUGGUGCUUGGCCCCAUCCGGUCCUCAUUCCUCGCUCUGGAUUCUUCUAUCCACCUGGAGGACCUCUGUACAAAACACUACCUGGAUUCCCUAAAGGAACUUCAGCGCUAGAAUUCAGCCUUGACCACAAGUUGCUUCUGGCUGGUUCUCUGGAUGGCUCUAUGAUUGUAUGGGACAUGGAAGAUUUUACCGUGCGACAUGUCCUAACAGGACACUCUGCUGAAGUGAAAUGUGUGAAACUAUUUGGAAAGGGGACCCGUGUUGCCUCGGUGGCCAUGGAUCGCACACUGCGCUUGUGGUGUCUGAAUUCUGUCAGGGAAGAAUUCUCUAUCCACAAUGUUCACACUAGAAUGCUGAGGUGUUUCCAGCUUCACAUUGAUGAAAAGAACCAGAUGAUAUACUGGGCAUCAGGUUUGGAGGUCAGCGCUUGGCAUCUGGAGACAGCUGUGCCCAUUUUCCAGAUCUCUGCUGAAUCCCCAGACCAGUGGCUCUGUGGAACUGUGUUUGCACCAAGGCUGGUGGUUGUGACGGUAUCCAAGAGGGGUGUCUUCUGCUUGUGGGACAGCAUCAGUGGACAGCUCCAUUCCAAGCAGGAACUGAUAGGGCUGGGAGAAGAGACACCAACAUGCAGUGUAUUGCUCCACACCCUGGGCAGGAUGGUGGCUGGUUUCAGCGAGGGCUCUCUCUUGAUGAUCUCCUCUGAUGGACACAGCCUGCUGGAAAAGCUCCCAGAAGGGAUCUGCUUUGUAGUGCUUUCAGAAGACGAAUCUCUCCUGGCAACAGGGAAGGAGUAUGAUAAAUUGGAUGUAUCGGCUCCAGUCCAAUGCCUGGAAGUGGCUGAGCAGAGGAAUCUUCUCUUUGUUGGACUGGCUUCUGGAACAGUGCUGGUGUUUCCCUUGGAUUCCAGGCAAGAUGUUGGCUGCAUCCCCCCUGCGGAGAACCAAAAACCUGUCUGCAACUUGGCACUCACUCAGAAUGAAGAUCAGCUGGCAGCUGCCUGUGAUGAUCUUGUGCAGGUACUGGAUCUGCAUCAGGAAGAAACAGGCCUCUUGAUUGACCGACCGGCUUAUACCUUUUACACACAGAUCCCUGGUGCAACAAUUUCUACUGUGGCUCUUCUGUCUGGAUACCGGGUGCUCUAUGGAAUGACCAAUGGGGAGCUUUUUAUGUACUACUGCUUGGAGGCCCAUGUGUUCCCACUAGAAGCCCAUGGCAACUGCAUCACCUGCCUGAAGACCAGCCAUGGAGAGAAAUGGCUGCUGAGUGGUUCAGCAGAUUCACUGCAAUGUCUCUGGGAUGUGCAGCUCUGCUCCUGGGAACACCAGAUGUUUUUCCAGAAGGAUGACCACUACCUGUUCACCAGCUCUUUGGAUCAGUGUGUUACAGUGUGGGAUGUCUCACGGGGGGCCCUCUUAGCGGUUCAAUUUGUGCAUGCAAAAAUCACCAGGAUGGUGUCAACAGCUGACGGCUUUGCUGCUACGACACAACUUGGCUACCUCAUGCGGGAGAGAUUCCGCUGCCCCCAGGCCAUCAGCCCUCGCCCUGGUCUGCUCAGCAGUGUUAAAGCAACGCAUAGAGUGAAAUCUCGGCCAAAAGAGAGACAGGAUCCAGAAGAGACUCAGGGCAAUCCGGGAAGCAGCCAGAGCUGUACCAACAAGCUCUCACAAAUUUGUAGGAUUGUGUAA